UACCGGUCAAUCUGCGUGUUUUUACCUUUCUUACUUUGCCAAAUCAAGCAAACUAUUCUAGACCCGGUCUAGUAUAGUUUGACCGGUCAAGUAAUUUACACCAUCAUUUUUGGCGCCACCCGUGGGACCGUUAAGGUGCGAGAACCAUGCCCUUACAAGCUCCGAUGGCGGUGGCGUCGUUCCAGGCGCCGGUGCCGCAGCCAUCACCUUUCCAGCCCCAGCUGGUCAGCGCCAUGACCCCUGUCAACUUGGCCGGCGCACUAAACGCUACAGGGCCGUCGCGUCCCCCGCAAGCUACGGACCCGCAGAUCACUCCUGAUGGUCAUUGCGUCUCAAUUGAGAGCGAUGACGGCGAGUGGGACAUCCCGAGGGCCCACAAGAAGAAGAAAGGAAAAAACAUCCGGCCAGCGACCUCCCGAAACUCCGCCUUCGAAAGGAUGGGGGAUAGGGAGGAAGGCCAGAGAAAGUCAGCCAAGCAAAGGCUGGGGCAGAGCGUUGCCCAUGUCAGCGCGUUCGCCCGGCUAGGCGAGGUGCGGGAGGCCGAGCCUGCCCGCACCCGGUGCUCCCGGUCUAACCAGCAGGGGCCAGCGAGGACUAGGGCCUCCCACCAGGAAGAGGAGGCAGAAAGCCAGCCCAGGUUACCGGUGGCAAACCGGUUAACCAUCCCGAACGACCGCAUCCAACAGAUGGAGGCAAAACUGGAAAGGCUGGAGAAGAAGGUCGGAGAGAAGAACGACCGGGACAAACCCCUGGCAGGGUCCCCGUUCACCACAAGGGUCCAUCUGACACCUUUCCCGCGAAAGGUCAAGAUCGACGCCCCCAGAUUCACCGGGAAGGAAGAUCCGGAAAUCCAUCUGGAUUCCUUCAACCAGAGUGCGACCAUGAACGGUUGCACCGAUGAAGAAAAGUGCCUUCUUUUCGUCCAGACCUUGCGGAACCGAGCCACUGAAUGGUUCAAUAAGCUUCGCCCGGGAGGCAUUGACUCGUUCAAUGAUUUGGCCUCAAAAUUCAAGGCCAAGUUCCAGGAGAAUUGUACUAAGAGGAAGAAAUUCACCUAUCUUUCUGAGAACCUUACUCAGUUCCUUACCCGGUGGAAGGAAGAGGUAGACAAGGUGGAAGAGAUGGAUGACAAGACCGUCCUAUCCCUCCUCUUGAAUGGCUUGCAUGCUGGGGAACUAUACAAGGAGUUCUGCCGGAAACCCCCAGCCACGUAUCAAGAGGCCUACCACACCGCAUGGGAGUUUGCUGAAGCUGAAACCCAGCUCCGGGCAAAGAGAGAAGCUGAGCAUGGUCACAAGUCCAAGCCGGUGCAAGUCAAGAAGGAAGAAGCACCGGGACCUAGACGGCCGAGGCACCACUAUGACCCGGUCAUCCGAGUGGUCAAUACGGAAGAAGGCCAAGAAAUCCGAGAAGCACCGGUCAUUCCUCCAGAAAAACCUACCGGUCAAACAGGGCGGCAAUGGUCGGGUACCUAUUGUUCGUACCACAGGUCAGAUUCCCAUAACACCUCCGAAUGCAAAAGUGUUAAGGGGCUCAUCCGACAGAUGAUCGACAGUGGAGAGCUGGGCAAGGAUUACUUGCAGAAAGCCCAGGAGAAGAGCUUCACGGGAGACACCGUUGAAGCUGAAGGAUCCAUAGUUCUACCGGUCGAACUAGGAUCAGAUGAAAAGACCGUGUGGAAGAAGAUGCGGUUCAUAGUUGUGGACAUCAAAUGCGUCCACAGCGCAAUUCUUGGAAGGCCAGGCAUCAAUAGAGUAGGGGCGGUGAUUUCCAUGCCUCAUCUAUGCAUGAAGUUCCACACUCCAGGUGGUGUGGGUGAGGUGAAUGGCGACCAGAGGAACGCCCGGGAAUGCUAUGCCCGGGCAGUCAAGAAGAUGACCAAGGGGGUCAAUGUCAUCUCCCAAGAAAUCACAAAGGGAGAGACCCGGGAGAAAUUGGAGCCCGAGGCCGAGACGGUGGAAAUCGAACUUGACCCGGGUGAUUCUUCGAGGAUGGUCAGAAUUGGAGCAAAUCUCCCCGAGGAUCUCAAGGUAGAGAUUACACGGGUCCUCCAAGAAUAUGCGGGCAUAUUUGCAUGGAGCGUGGCGGAUAUGCCCGGGAUAGAUCGCUCUGUUAUCUGCCACCGGUUGGCCGUGAGGGAGGGAAGUCGACCGGUACGACAGAAGAAGCGGUACCUGGCCAGUGACCGGCGAGACUUCGUCAAGAAGGAAGUGAAGGACCUCCUCAGUGUUGUAUUGCGAAAUUCAACAUCCUCCGGGAGGAUGGUGAAGUGGGCGAUGAUGUUAACUCAAUUCCACAUUGAGUACCGGCCAAGGUCGGCAAUUAAGGGACAGGCCCUUGCUGACUUCGUAGUAGAAAUGACCGGUCUAACUCCAGACUUACCGGUCAACAAGCCCACUGAGCAAUGGUGGGAGAUGGCAGUUGACGGGGCAUCCGGUCCUAGAGGAUACGGGGGUGGUAUCGUGUCCACCACCCCAGAAGGGUUCAAGAUCUACCAUGCAAUCGUCUUCAACUUCAAGCUGACGAAAAAUGAGGCAGAGUAUGAAGCUCUGGCUGGAGGGCUCAGACUUGCCCAAGCCCUGAAAAUCAACUGGGUCAGUAUCAAAUCUGACUCUAGCCUGAUCGUUGGGCAAGUGACCGGUAACAUGGAGGCAAGGGAAGAACGCAUGGCACAAUACAAGGACCUUGUACUUGCCCUGUUGAAAGGCUUCGAAGAGUUCAAGAUCGCCCAAAUUCCCCGGGCGGAAAACGCGGAUGCAGACCUUCUCUCCAAAUUGACGCAGUAUGCUCCCGAGCAUGUUUCAAAACUUGCCCGGGUAGAGAUCCUUGACCGUGCAAGCAUCGAAAAAUUGGAAGUCGCCGCUAUAACGGCCGGAAGCCAAUUUGACCGGUCAAACUUGGUCGGGGCGGACGACCAUUGGAUGUAUGAUCCGAUGGGAUAUUUGAUGGAUGGGAGCUUGCCAGAACAAGAUGACCAGGCAAGAAAAGUGAAGCUCAGGGCACCCCGAUUCCAGGUUCUUGAUGGAAAACUGUAUAAAAGGGCAUUUAGGGGGCCACUCUUGAGAUGUCCAACCAAUAGGGAGGCUGAACGAGUCAUAGCGGAAGUCCACGAAGGCGUAUGCGCGGCGCAUCAAAUGUCCCGUACGCUUUCCCAACGCAUCAUCUUGUUGGGGUAUUACUGGCCAACAAUUGUCCAAGAUUGUGAAAGGUACAUUCAGAAAUGCAGGACGUGCCAAGUAUUCUACAAGUAUCCUGGUAGACCGGCAACCUACUAUCACCCCGUAUCAAACGUCAUCCCAUUCGCUAGAUUCGGGGUUGACAUCAUCGGAGCAUUCCCAGUCACCCAAGGAGGGAAGAAGUUCGUGAUCGUAGCCAUCGAUUACUUCACCAAGUGGAUCGAGGCCGAAGCAUUGGCCAACAUCACCACGCAACAAUACUUCGAUGAAUUCAUCCCUCGGAGAUUACCCGGUGUAGUUUAUAGGGUUGGAAAGUGUCGGCAGAAGAGAAUCUACGAGGGCUUGGCGUGUAGCGACCCAUGUCAGUAGAGGACAACUGGAGAUGCUGAAGAAUCCAUCCAAGGCACUACUCGACAAAGGGAAUAAUCUCCCUCACAAGGCGACAAGGCAGCUCAAGGACGAAACGAGUCACCUCGCACCACAUCAGCAUCGUGCCCCCACGUGGGCGCACGUGGUCCUGUCCCCUUAGCCUAGUAUAAAUACUCAUGUAAACCUCAGAAAGAGGGAUCCAAAUACAUUCUCUCUAAACUCCCUUGUAAAAGCACCCGUGCAUUCUCCGUUAUAAUAUAGAUUGGGCUACAGG